UUACCAACAAUGUGAUCUUGAUAACUUGAUAUUUUGAGUGAUUUUUGUCAGGGAUGAUAUCGGAGUCAAAAGCAGUUUUACCAAAUUUAUUUCCACAACAAUUCACACCCAGAAGUGGCACCAACUUAACUCCAUACAAGACGGAAUUUAGGAGAAACCGGGGCUGGGAAAAAAUGGCUCGAGCGCUCGGCCGAAAACAGUGGAAAAGGAGGUAAGUGUAGUCCGUAUGUCACAAUAGGUGGUACUAGUGAGGCGUCUCCUAAGGGAGAGGCGUGAGACAAAAAGUUCCGUACAAGAGGGUGAGGAAGAGUCUGCAACAAGUGGCGUUAAUCCAAAAGUCCCGUUUGCCGGUAAUAAGUAGAGAAUCCUCCACGGAGAUGAAGAUCGAUCAACCGAAGCUGAAUGUCCGAACCCGUACCCACGGCGGAAGAAGAUAGCACAGCCACCCAGGUGUCUUUGACUCUUGGUGAAGAGAAGUCCAGCAGGGAUAACUCCCCUAUGGCAGAGAGCUUGCAACAGUCUUCCAAGAAUGCUCUGGGUGAGGUCAAGCAGCCGUGGUCGCUGGGUAAACAAGGCAGAAAAUGCAGACACCCGGUAGUGGUAACGGCACUGGAGCCAGACAGGUCAAUGGUGGUACUGAAAGAUUCAAGUCCUGUUGAGCGGAUUCAACACAGCUGCACAUGUGUUGCUGGAACAACAUUAUGCAACCACUGUGUUGCUUUGCUGUUCCAGUCAGCACAUUACUCACAGCUGAAUGUGCCGGCGGUCCCUCCUGUGCUAAGCAGUACUGAAGGAGAACAGCAGUGGCAUAAGCCCAGAACUUUGGGUAUAAAGCCAGGCCCUGUGGAAAAGAUGGUUGUGCUGUCUGCUAAACCAAAGUGUAGAGCAACAACAGAGAGAGUAAGGAGCACACUCUACAAAGGCCUGAGUGGAGAUAUGCCUGAUCUAUCUGUCCUUCAGAACAUGAAAGAACAGUUGACAUUCCUCAAAGCCGUCCCUCUGGAUCCUUUUUACAUCAGAGUCGUCCCACUGAAUCUCCCUCACGCAGCCGGAGGAGUCGUCCCACUGAAUCUCCCUCACGCAGCCGGAGGAGUCGUACCACUGAAUCUCCCUCACGCAGCCGGAGGAGUCGUACCACUGAAUCUCCCUCACGCAGCCAGAGGAGUCGUACCACUGAAUUUCCCUCACGCAGCCAGAGGAGUCGUACCACUGAAUCUCCCUCACGCAGCCAGAGGAGUCUCCCUAUCAGGUAGACAGUGGAGUUCAGACUCAGAUUCUCAGUCUCGUGAUAAAAACAUGAAGAAAAAUGGCAGUAAAAGUGACGGCCAGAGUACGAGAGGUUUAGAGAGAGGUCUGAGGCAGAUUAGUCACCCACCAUCUCAAUUCAACAGGAAGAGGUCCUUGAGUACAGAUCUGUCAAGUUGGGGGAAAAGACGGUGCAUGCCAUACCAAAACAGUGACACCAGGGAAAGAUCAGAGAAUGCACGCUCCAAAGUUUCAACCCCUAAAUUGAAGACAUCAAACUUUCCUCUGUCAGAGGAAAAAUUCCAGAAGAAAGUGCUUCAGAUGCUCAUAGAAAUUAGAGAUCUGGUAAAAAUUGUUACGACAUCCCCUGAUGGAACAACUUUUAAGGUCAAGCCAGCCAUCACCAAAAAGGACUAUGAAGAAUUGGAGAGUCGUCUGUCAGAUGAUAAAGAGACAGCAGCCUUGGUAAGCUUUAAAUGA